CUAGGAUGUUUAAAUGACAUGCUAGUUCGCUGACUAACUAGCGACGUCUAACUAGUGACCCUAAUGAAGAUCAAAUACUACUACUACUACUAAUAAUAAUCAUUUUCAUGAGGUUCUGUGGAAAUUGCACUGAAUAAAAAUACAUAAUAGGUGGAGAAGAAGAAGAGGAGAGGAGCUGCAGUAUAAUGGGGGCCAUCAUUUCCAGGUGGAAGGCGAAACCUUCCACGGUGGAACUUCUGGAGGAUUUGGAUAAGGAAAUUAAGGACCUGGAGGAAUUCCGUGGGAAGAACCAGCGCAUGCAGAAGCUGUGGGUCGGACGAUUGCUCUUCUACUCGGCCACUCUGUACCUGCUCACAUGUUUCAGCGUGUAUUACCUUUACCUGCCCGAGGAGUGGAGCGGCCGGCUGGUCACCGCACUGCCGCUGAUCUUCUUCCCUGUGCUUGUUUGGCUCGCACGCAAGCUGCUCAUCUUCAUCUUCUCCAAACGCACAGAAAAAAACAAUGAAAAGUUAGAGGAUUUAAAAUCAGCGAAAAGAAAAAUCCUUGAGGAGGUGAUGGAAACUGAGACCUACAAAAAUGCCAAGUUGAUUCUGGAAAGAUUCGACCCGGAGUCAAAGGUCAAAGCGGAACCAGAAGCUACUCCAGUUCGACCCCAGAUGACCCCCAAACCAGGACAAGAGGUGCGGCAGCGCCAUGUUGCCAUGGCCACACCCGGACCCAUGCUCCGCCCCCCACAACAUGGGGCCACACCCCUCCGUUCUGCCCCUGGUGGCCCUCCUGAUAAUACCCACGGAGCUCCGGGAUCAAGUCCGGCACCGAGCGGCGGCAUGGAGACGCCACCACAAAUGAGGCGGAGCAUGAGCCCUUACUCACCUGCGCUGGGAACAGGCAUGCACCCCCCAGGUCCACCGAUGGCGCGACCCGUCCUCCCCCGAGAGCGCAGUGCAGUGGACCGGGUCAUCGAGUACCUGGUGGGAGACGGACCACAGAACAGAUACGCUCUGAUUUGUCAGCAGUGUUUCUCUCAUAAUGGAAUGGCCUUGAAGGAGGAGUUUGAGUAUUUGGCCUUUCGCUGUGCCUACUGCUACUUCAUGAACCCAGCGAGGAAGACGCGGCCACAAGCCCCCCAACUCCCAGAGUUCAGCUUUGAGCGCAGGCUUCGCUCCGAGUCUCCUGAUCCACACUCCUCAGCGGCGUCUAACACUCCAGAGGAUAGUGAUGCCCACGAAGAAAAUGUAUUGUCGAGUCCUCGCACCCGUUCCUCAAUAGGUGUAACACCGUGGAGCAAAGUUCACAGUUUCAGCCGGGAACACACAGAUGAUGUGGAGCCCGCUGCCUCCGCCGACAAACCGGAGCCGGAAGAAGCCGACGCCCCGCCCACAAGCAACGGAGGGGAGGAUUUGCCCCGCCCUGAGGAAAGCCCCACCCCCUGCGAGGAGAAAGAAGCUGAGAUCUGAGUUCAGUCGUCCAGCUCUGCUCUGGAUGCUCCAGAUGCUAUGAAUGUUUUCUGCAGGUUUUUAAAGCUGCCUUUUAAGUUAUUUCUUAGUAUUUCUUCUGCUGAAAUUUGUAUUUGCACUAGGUUUUGUUGUUUUUUUUUUGCCAAAUUCUAGUAUUACCUUGACAGAAAAAACGUGCACUGAGCUUUGGUAUUUACUGUGUGUUGUAUUUAACGCACUUUAACUAGCCAGUGGGAGAUUCUGUAGACCUGUGUGUGUGUGUGUGUGUGUGUGUGUGUGUGUUAAAGACAUGGAACUGUGUCAUUUCAAAAACAAUUCUAUAGAAGUUUUUGAAUGAUGCCAGGCUAGUAUCAGGUGUUUUAAUUUCACUGGGUUUAGACAGGGUUUAGUUUUGGGGUUUUUUUUGACAAGACUGAUGGUUUCGUGGUUUUAUUAUUUCAUUCGUUUACAGUUUCGGUUUAAAGUGUUAAGCUAAUUGAUCUCGAUCAAUUUGCCAAUUGCUUAACUUUUACGUCCGUCCGGAUCGAUUGCAUUCUGAUUGUUUUGAAAAGCUUAUAGGUAAUUUAAAAAAAAAAUAAUAAUGUCUUGUGCCUUUAUGAAAAAAAGAAGAAAAAAAAAGAAGAAUUAAAUCCUGGACAUUGCUGGGACUCAGACGCUGUUUACACCUGAUCGUUUACACUUCAUUCGACUGCCAGCUUCUUCCUGAACAUCUUUAGUCUACGGUAUAGUGGCUGUAGUGUCGUGACGUGGACGUAUUUUACCCCCCAGUUAGCGUUCACACCCGCACGUUUCUACAUAAAAUGAUCCGGAUUCUCAAAACGCAUGAAACGAUGGGGUGUGAACUAAAAGUCGAAAAGGCUAGUUUAAAGAACCGCUUCUGCAAAGCUACACAGCGACGAGCUUCUGAGAAACAGCAGUGAGCCAAAUUACGCGUGUGUUUACUGUCGUCUCGGUCAGCACCUCAAAAUCCAUCCUCUCAGCUUUGGCUGUUCUACAGGUCUGUGUUGUGUGUCAGUCUUAGAAAUACACAGUUAUACAGCUUUAGUUCUGUGCAGUUCCCGUCCCGGUGCACGCGGAGCCUUCGACGACUGUCUGUCUAUGCAUACAAUAAAAGUCCUUUUCUAAAAUG